AUGUCACAAGACGAAGAUUUGGCCGGCGAACCCCCCGCUUCCAUAAAUCCAUAUGAAGUCCUCGACGUCGAUGAAAAGGCAACAGCCGAUGAUAUCAAGAGCGCAUACAGGAAGAAGGCCCUGAGACAUCAUCCAGACAAAGCUGCAGCUGAAGAAAAAGAAGAAGCAAAAGAAAAAUUCCAACAAAUCGCAUUCGCCUACGCCAUCCUCUCCGACGAGCGUCGAAGACGUCGCUACGACCUCACUGGCAAUACAUCCGAAUCCCUGGAUUUAGAAGACGAUGAUUUCAACUGGACCGAGUUCUACAAGGAGCAGUUCUCGGGAAUGGUCGACGUUUCAGCGAUUGAGAAAAUCAAAAAGGAAUACCAAAACUCGGCCGGAGAGAGGAAAGACCUGUUGGAAGCCUUUGAGCAGUACAAAGGUGACCUGGAUCGGAUUUAUGAGGUUGUUAUGCUUAGUAGUGUGCUGGAGGACGAUGAGCGGUUCCGGGCAAUUAUCGACAAGGCUAUUGCCGAUGGGGAAGUGAAGGCGUGGAAGAAAUAUACAGAGGAGUCGGAAAGUAAACGACAAAAACGGUUGAAGCGUGCACAGGCAGAAGCCGAGGAAGCGGAGGAGGCUGCUAAGGAAUUGGAAGAGAAAGGAACGGCCAAAAAGGGCAAGAAGAGCAAACCUACAAAAGAAGACGAUAAUGCUCUCGCGGGUUUGAUUCAACAACGGCAAAAGACCCGGGCGGCCAACUUUUUCGAUGACCUUGAAGCCAAGUACGCACCAAAAUCCGCGGGCAAAGGCAAGAAACGGUCUGCGGUGGAUGAACCGCCCGAGGAAGCAUUUGCAGCUGUUGGCGCACGCAAGAGCUCUAACAGAGGAAAAGGCAAGCGUUCUAAAGCUUGA